CUCUAUAGAGUCAUCGAGUUGCAGUCGAUCUUUUACGGUCGUCAAAUAACUUGAGGCUCCGGUUACAGAUCAAACUUGAGACCCUAUUAAGUAACAUACACAACAUACACCUAACUGUUUACAAACAGUUAUUCUACUACAAUCUACAAUUUUUUUUUUUUUUGGUGCGUCGUGCAAAAUAUCUACAAUUUUUUUCGUCGCGUUUGUGUGUUGAAUUGUGACCCAAGUGCUUAUGGCUAAGAUAGUGACUUAAUAAUUCCGGACUUAGUGUGAAGGUACCGAUAGGUACCACUAAAAUGGUGACAUUAAUGCCUUGCAACUAUCUGAACACGCCGAGUUCCCGGUGUACCAUGAUUGAUAAGAUGUGUGAGCCCAAGGCUAAACGGGCCAGGACUGAUACAUCUGAUUCGUCUGAGAGAGAUCGAUUGACAGACCAAGGUCCCAUUUCACCACAAAGUGGACACACAUCAAGUUCAUGCGGUUCUCCACCUACAGCCCAUGUUAAUGGCCACGUCACUCCUCCGGACCAUUUGUCUAGCUCAGCUCCAGCUUGUUUAGCUAAUUUUGCUGCUGCUGCAGCUGCUGGAUGGCCUUUACUCGACACUCAAGGUGUAAAAACCGAAAUCAAAUCCCCAGGCCUCGCGGAUACAGACGUCGGAGCAGCUUUGACCGCCCACCAGGCGGACGUCGUGUCUGCGCCGUUUUAUGGGGCGUCGCCUGCGGACAUCGGCGCCGCCGCUUACGACAAGGAUUAUCCGCAGGCGUACGCCCAGGCCCAUCAGUAUUAUAAUAGUAUGCACCAAGCUGCUUAUGGCACCUCAAGCUCAGCGGCCGCUUCAUACAUGAGCUCAUCGUCUACGACCCCUUUUUAUGGCACUACUUCUUAUCCUUACCCAACUUUGGGACCUUCCAGAGGGUUGAAUAGUUCGUGCAAAGGUUCAGGUUAUAUUGCUACUCCUUAUGGAUCUCCAGCCAGCGCUUUUGGAGCUUCGACGGCCCAAACGGGACAAUAUUCUCCUUACACUACAUAUGGAGCUGCUACUGGUGGGGCUGCAGCUAGUUUUGCCCCAGGGUUUACACAGGGUGUCGAAUACAGUCCAUAUGGCUCAACCUACGCAGAUUCACAAACGCAAUACGCCAGCAGCUACUACGCCUCACAGUCUUAUUCACCUUACGUUAGUUCGCCUAGUUCUAGCGGUAGUAUAGGUACUUCGACUUAUCAAUUAGCUACUGGAGCACUUUCAGAAAGUCCCUCAAAUGGUAUUCCAAUAACCGACGGCUCAACUUCACCACUAAAGGCAGACAGUGCAAGACGAUCCAGAGAACCACCAACUAGUUUAGGAGGAGAAACAAGAACGAGAGGCCGAGGUAGAAGAACAAACACAAUUUCACCUACAACCCCCGAGUCAACAACAGACAGGGUGUUUAUAUGGGAUUUAGAUGAAACAAUAAUUAUAUUUCAUUCUCUAUUAACUGGCAGUUAUGCAACCAAAUUCCACAAAGAUACUCAAAAUGUUGUUCAACUUGGCUUCAAAAUGGAAGAAAUGGUUUUUAACUUAUCUGACACUCAUUUCUUUUUCAAUGAUAUCGAAGAAUGUGAUCAAGUCCACAUAGACGAUGUUUCAUCUGACGACAACGGACAAGAUUUAUCAAAUUACAAUUUUACCACGGAUGGUUUUCAUGCAGCUUCAGCUGCGGGCAAUGGCAAUUUAUGUUUAGCAGCUGGCGUACGUGGCGGAGUCGACUGGAUGCGUAAACUAGCCUUUAGAUAUAGAAAAAUUAAAGAAACUUAUAAUAAUUACCGAAAUAGUGUUGGCGGUCUUUUGGGCUCAAAUAAACGCGAGCAUUGGUUGCAGCUGAGACAAGAAAUCGAAGCUAUAACUGAUAAUUGGUUGACGUUAGCUAAUAAGUGCCUGACACUGAUAAAUUCAAGGAGUAAUUGUGUUAAUGUGUUAGUUACUACAACGCAGCUGAUUCCUGCUUUGGCAAAAGUAUUACUUUUCGGCUUGGGCAAUGUAUUUCCUAUUGAUAAUAUUUAUUCGGCAACAAAAAUUGGUAAAGAGAGUUGCUUUGAACGUAUCGUAACUAGAUUUGGUAGGAAAUGUACUUAUGUAGUGAUUGGAGAUGGGCAAGAUGAAGAAACUGCGGCAAAAACUUUAAAUUUUCCUUUUUGGCGAAUACUGAGUCAUAGCGAAAUAGCUGCCCUGUAUAAUGCCCUCGAUAUGGAAUUUUUAUGAUUGAUUUGUCUGUGGUAUGUGAUUUUUGCAUUCUUUUUCGAGAAUCUUCUUGUAAAAAUUUUGUAUAUUUUUUAUAAAUAAAACGUUUUGUGUAUAAAAUUUUCUGGGUUAUUUUAAAAUCGAAAUAUCCAAAUUACUAGUUAUUUUCAAGCCAUAUCUAUCAUUAAAUUAUUAACAAAAAAAUCAUGUUAAUGUUGUUUAUAUGGCUUUUAUGUGUAAUUUUUUAUUUUCAAGAAUGUGCCAAAAUAUCAAUUUAAUUUUUAAUUAUUACUGUGAUUCAACUCAAAGGAGCUUCACAAAAAUCAACGAAAUAUUAUCGCAUGCACAGAUAACUGCAUAAGAAUAAGCUUUAUAAUUUUGUUUGCAAUAGUAGCAAUUUUUGCCAUUAUAUAUGUAGUUUAAUUAUUUUACUUGAUUUUUUUUGGUAGUACUUAGGUACUAAAACAAAUUAUUGCUGUACCCACUUAAUAAAAGUCUUGAUGAAUUUUCCUCAUCAUUAUCCUAGUUUAAUUGUAAAAUACGUAUGCACAUGAUAUUGAUCGCUUUUUGGAAAGAAAAAAUUGAAUAUCAUGUGUGGUACUUUGAAAAAAAAAUAUACCUAUUUUUUUUUAUUAGGAAGAGGCAAUGUACCAAAACAAUAAUAGUUUUUAUUGUAUUUAUAUUGAUAAUUUUGUAUUAUAGAUGAAAAGAGCAAAAGAUUGUUUUAUUAUAAAAAAAAUGUAUAUUAAAUCAAUUACAAUAAAAUUAUUGUAUA